GCUGGGACAGUCCUUAGCGACUUCAAGGGCCCAGUCCCUGUCCCUUUAGUAAUCCACUCUGCUGCAGGGGCCCCUGCACCACCUCCCAGGACACAGGGAACUCUCCACCAGCUAAUUGGUCCUCUCCCUGGGAGAAGGCCAAGUUGUUGGCAGGAGCACAGUGGGCUGCAGACUCUAAUUGCACAAAGGGCAGAUGUAUGUAAACUACCUUCAGCGCGCUGCGUGAUUAUCAUCUGACCUCUCCUCUGAACUCACUGCUUUCUUCUGUCAUCAUCAGAUGUGUUUGUUGUGCUUUAUUAUUUAAACUGUAGGCCAUUUGAGUAGAAUUCUAUAUACAGUUGCCAUUUGGAAAACAGAAAAGCAAACUAGGACUUCUUCAGAACCAUCUUCAGAAGUCGCCCUUGGUGCUGCCUGUUCCUGGGUUUUAGCAACAUAGAAUCACACCUGCCACCCUGAGCCCUCUGUCAACACUCCAGAUAUUGCCUGGAAACUGCUGACUGUACCGGUUGCAGUUGGCAGCCAUCAGACUUGGGAGGAACUUGAGUCAGGUGGCAUUGUGAUGCCGGUUGCAGGAGUCUAUUAUUUUGAAGUGGCAGCUGCAGGUAAUCAGAGAGGAGCCACCAGGGCAAGUGGCUUUGUCACGUGGGGCGGCUGGGGAGCCGGCUAGGCAGGUUCAGUGGGUGAUUUCUUCUGGGAAGGCGUGGCCCCUGCCCCUGCCAGGUGUGGGCUCCAGGGGGAGGGCUGGAAAUCCCAUCAGUGGGACAAUGAGUGGGGCAAGCAGAUCCCUGGUAAAGGAGCACUGGGACGGCCCCAGGAAAGCAGUUAAUAAAGCAUAUCAAGGACCUGAGGUAACACGAUGAGCCUUUAAGGAAAAGUGAAAAGAAAACUGAAACCGAGGAGCAAGUGUGCGGGGCAGAGACGCGCGUGCCUCCCACAGGGUCCCUCGCACCGAGAUAGCAAGUGGACGUCAAGGCGAGGCAGGAGGGGCCAUGUGGUUUUGGUCCUGGAAUGAGAGAGGAGAGCCCUGGGCCUGGGUGUGUCUGGCUCAGAAGCUGUUUCCGAUUUUCUCAGCAUUCUUCUUUCUCCCUGAGCCCUGCCCUUCCUCAGAUGGGGAAUGCAGCCUCACCUGCCGUUGCCCUUUGCCUGCUGCCAUGGUGAGCACAAUCAACAAAGCCCAAGCAACUCAGCGGGGAUGCCAAUCACAGGGAGGCAAGUCCAGCUCCCUACAGAGCCAGGCCACCCCCAUCCCGGCCUUCAGGGCUUGGAGUGGAAGGCGGAAGUGCAUGUGUUUCUUAGACGGCCUUUUCUGUUGUGUGCCUGUGCACCCGCCCAAGGAGCUCACGGGGCACAGGAGGGCUGGGCUUGGCAGAAGCCCCACUUCCUCCUGGCCCGUGGGUGCUUCUGUGAGAGAUGGGGACAAGGGCUCUUGAUCAGCAACCCGUGGUGACCCGUGGGCCCUAGACCACUCAGAGGACAGGGAGGCCCACUCUUCUCCCUGCUGCUAGCUUCCAGGAGGAUGAGAGAGCUGGAGGCUCACAGCACACUCAGGAGGAUGGCUGCCUUUUACCAGUGCAUCAGGCCUGACCCCAGCGAGCUCGACAUGAUUUCCACAAGGGUGAUGGACAUUAAGCUUCGGGAGACUGCAGAAGGCCUUGGGGAGGACAGCACAGGAAAGAAAAAAUCUAAAUUCAAAACUUUUAAGAAGUUUUUUGGGAAGAAGAAGAGAAAAGAAUCGCCAUCGUCCACAGAAAGUAGCACCUGGAAACAGAGUCAGACGAGGAAUGAGGUCAUUGCCAUCGAGUCUGGGCCAGUGGGCUACGACUCCGAGGAUGAGCUGGAGGAGUCGAGGGGCACGCUGGGCAGCCGGGCCCUUUCUCACGACAGUAUUUUCAUUCCUGAGUCCGGACAGGACCCUACUCGGCCUGUGCGGGUGUUUUCCCAAGAAAAUGUGUGUGAUCGGAUUAAAGCACUGCAGUUAAAAAUACAGUGUAAUGUGAAAAUGGGGCCACCGCCUCCUCCAGGGGGGCUUCCUGCCAAGCGCGGAGAGGAUGCUGGCAUGAGCUCUGAGGAUGAUGGGCUGCCCAGGAGCCCCCCAGAGAUGUCUCUGCUGCACGACGUGGGUCCCGGCACCACCAUAAAGGUCUCUGUCGUGUCUCCAGACCACGUAAGCGACAGCACUGUCUCUGCCCGGACCUCGGACAGCAGCCUGGCACCAGUGGCCGACUUCAGUUACCCUCCAGAAUCCUCCUCCUGCUUGGACAACUCUGCAGCUAAGCACAAGCUCCAGGUCAAGCCCCGCAACCAGCGGUCGAGUAAGAUGAGGCGGCUUUCAUCGCGCGCUCAGUCUGAAUCCCUGAGCGACCUGACGUGCACCCCAGAGGAGGAGGAAAACGAGGAGAAGCCACUGCUGGAAGUCAGCCCAGAAGAGAGCCCCAGCUCUGGGCAGCAGGACGUGGCACCAGACAGAGGCCCUGAGCCUGGGCCACCGGCGCCCUUGCCGCCACUCGGAGGGGUCCGUGCCAGACGCGCCCGCCUGCAGCACUGCUCGGCGCUCAGGGCCAGCUUGGAGGAGGAGGGCGUCCCCGGCGACGACCCCUCAAGCCGUCCGGCCACCCUGGAGCUCGCCGAGCCCGAGUCGGCCCCCAUCCUCCGCGUGGAGCCCCCGUCCCCGCCGGAGGGCCCCCCGCAUCCAGGUCCCGACGGCGGAAAGCAGGAGGGGGAGGCGCCCCCUGCAGGCCCGUGUGCCCCGGCCGCGGACACGGCGGAGGAGGUGGUCUGUGCUCCCGAAGACGUCGCGAGCCCGCUUCCCACCGCCCUCCCUGAGGGGGACACGACGCCCCCCGAGACUGACCCCAUCGCCACCUCGGAGGCGUCCUUUGCUCCCGACGGGCCAGACCGCAGUGUCGCGAAGGAAGCGGAGCCGACGCCGCCCGUGCUCCCGGACGAGGAGAAGGGGCCCCCAGGGCCGGCGCCCAAGCCCGAGAGAGGAGCAGAGACCGAGCCCGAGAGAGGAGCGGGAAUUGGGACCGAGCCCGAGAGAAUUGGGACCGAGCCCUCCGCGGCGCCCGCCCCGAGCCCGCCGGCGCCCAAGAGCUGCCUGAAGCACCGGCCCGCGGCCGCCAGCGAGGGCCCCGCCGCGUCCCCGACGCUUGCAGCCGCGGAGUCUCCCCCGGGGGAGCACGGCCCCGGUUCCCCCGACGCAGAGGCCGCCGCCCCGGAGCGCCCCAAGGCCGAGCGGGCCGAGGCGCCACCGGCGGGCACCGAAAGGGCGGCUCCAGAGCGGAAGGCGGAGAGGGGCGGCGCCGAGCUGCGAGGCGCGAAGAAGUUCUCGGUGUCCUCGUGCCGAGCGCGGCCUCGCCCGGGCGCCUCCCGCCCGCUGGAACGCGCCAGCUGCCGCCUUCCCCUCGCGAGGAGCAGCCCGGCCUGGAGGAGCGAGGCGGCCCUUGACGACCUCCAGGGUCUCCCCGAGCCCCAGCACGCGAAACCUGGCCCUCGGAAGCCGGCGGAGUGCGGCCCUCAGGACUCGGGGGACAGGGCGGCCAGUCCGGCCGGGCCGCGCAGGAGCCCCCAGGAGGCGGCCGCCACGCCCGGCACGAGAGAGCCCUGCCCAGCCGCCCAGGAGCCGGCCCCGAGUGAGGACAGAAACCCCUUCCCCGUCAAGCUCCGGUCCACCUCCGUCUCGCUCAAAUACAGGGAUGGCGCCUCCCAGGAGACGAAGGGUGUGAAGAGGUACAGCGCGGAAGUCCGGUUAGAAAGGUCGCUGACGGUGCUCCCGAAGGAGGAGAAGUGUCCCCUCGGGACGGCCCCCGCCCUUCGAGGCGCCAGGGCCCCCAGCGACCAAGGAAAGGGGAAGGCCCGGCCCCCCGAGCCGCUCAGCUCCAAGCCGCCCCUGCCCCGGAAGCCGCUUCUGCAGAGCUUCACGCUGCCGCACCAGGCCGCGCCCCCCGACACCGGCCCGGGAGAACGCGACCCCAGGAAGGAGCCCAGGACGGCGGAGAAAAGGUCGCUGCGCAGGGGAGCUGAAAAGGGUCUGCCGCCUGCAGCCACAGGGCCUGGAGCUGAUGGGCAGCCUGUGCCACCCUGGAUCACCGUCACUCGGCAGAAGCGGCGAGGGACCUUGGACCAGCCACCCAACCAGGAAGACAAACCUGGGACACGGACCCUGAAGUCUGAACCAGGAAAGCAAGCCAAGGAGCCUGUGAAGCAAGCUGACUUUGUCCGCAGCAAGUCUUUCCUGAUAACCCCUGUGAAGCCCGCUGUGGACCGGAAGCAGGGGGCAAAGCUCAACCUCAAGGAGGGGCUGCAAAGAGGAAUCUCUUUGUCCCAUCAGAAUUUGGCUCAGUCUGCAGUGAUGAUGGAGAAGGAAUUGCAUCAGCUGAAGAGAGCCAGUUAUGCCAGUACAGAUCAGCCAUCCUGGAUGGAACUUGCCAGAAAGAAAUCUCAAGCCUGGAGUGACAUGCCCCAGAUUAUAAAAUAGGUGGGCAGUGUGCUGAUAAAGCAUGUCCACUACCCUGACAAGCCACUUAGUUAAAAAACUGCCAGUAUAUUGUGGCAAACAGACCGUGAAACUUAAAGAUUGAUUUUAUCAUCAAGUUAUGACGAACUUGGGGAAGAGGAAGGAACCAGGCAAAACAAAGAGGAUCAACACACAGCCAUACUCCUGGGCCAGAGGACCCAGAAACAAGAACAACACUGAAAGAUCCAGGAACCAGUUCCUGUGCCCAAAGGUACGUGUGUCUUUUAGAAUUCCCUUGAUGAAGAAGCCUCAGACAAGAAAGAAAACAGAAAUGAAGUUGGACGCGUAAGUAGGACACCCAGCAAAGGCCAGAAGAGAAGCCCUUCUAGGAGAAGGGACAUCUGUGCUUCCAGCUGACAUCAGCCCAUGUCUCUGGUCGCUGUCUUGCCUGUGGAUCCUGUCUUCUCUCAUGUUUACUACGAGGCAUGACAUUCAUGGCAAAACAGAGAUGCCGUUUCCAAGAGCAGCUAUAAAACAAUCUGUUUUCCUAAAGGCAGCCACUCUGAGAAGGAGAUGAAGGAACAUGGCAGGGUUCAUCAAUUCAUAGACUGUUUCCAAAAAUAAUUUUUAAACUUUUCCACUAGGCAUCUGUGUCUUUAACCACUGCACAAUGCAUUGCCUGUUUAAUAAAAGGUUUCAAACAUG